AAACUACAAUGCAGUCAAUAUAAUGACAGAUAUGAAAACACCUUGUAUUCUAAUUUUAAAAAUGUGGCCAAUUUUGGUAUUGUUAUCGGCGAUAUUAGUGUCAAUUCACGGAAUUAAUGAAAAUAUUGACUGUAUCGUCCAACUACCAGAUGGAAAAAUUCGAGGUCACAUUCUUCGCAGUGAAAAUGGCAAAAAUUACUAUGCUUUCCAGGAAAUUCCAUAUGCAGCCCCACCUAUUGGGAAGAACAGAUUUCAGGAACCUAAAAAACCUCAACCAUGGGAUGGUGUUAGAAGUGCUAUCAGAAAUGAAAAAGUAUGUAUGCAAGUACUGCCCAUACCAAGUUCUCUAAUGAUGUCGGAGGAUUGUUUAUAUUUAAACGUUUAUUCUCCUGUAUCGAACUUAAAUUUCACAAACUCUUCUCUACCCGUUCUGAUGUAUAUACAUGGAGGUACCUUUAAAUUUGAGAGUGGAGCUUUUGAAUAUUAUAAUCCAAGAUUCUUAAUGGACUAUGAUAUUAUUCUAGUCACAAUCAACUACAGACUAGGACCAUUUGGAUUUCUAGCGACAUCGGACGGUGUAAUUCCAGGCAACUUAGCUGUAAAAGAUAUGCUUCUAGCUCUACAAUGGGUACAUAAAAACAUCAAUCUUUUUGGAGGCGAUAAAGAUCAAAUUACCCUUAUGGGAUCUAGUGCCGGAUCAAUGGCUAUUGGUGCUCUUCAAAUAAGUCCAUUAACAAAAGGUUUAGUGAAAGGUUAUAUAAUGCAAAGUGGGUCACCGAUAAGCCCACCUGUUUACCAAGAUGAUCCUGAUAUUUACGCUUUUGCUAUGGGUAAAACUGUGGACAAAUAUUUUAAUUCAACAAAUACGCAAGAAUUGUUAAAUUUACUUCAAAGCGCCCCAGCUGAAAUUAUACUUUAUGAGCAGCUGUUCGAGCAGAAAUACAAUCACAGUCUUGCAAAAAAUCUUAUUUGGAUACUAAGUAUGGAAAAUUCAGAAUAUAAAAGUGCUGUAAUAACAGGUUAUUUAUCAGAAAAAUUAUUAAGUGGAGAUUUUGAACAAACACCUAUGUUGAUGAGUACUGCCCUAGAAGAAUCUCUUGGUUUAGUAAUAGACAUUAAUGAACAGAUUCAGGAUGCUGCCUCCUACGAUCAAGAUGUUCGUAUGAUGAUAAAUCCAAGAUUAAAUAUACCUCCCGAAAAACGUGAACAGGCUGGCCGAGAGUAUAAAAGCGUUUAUACCUCUUCCAAUUUUUCGAAUGAUUUACCAGCGUUUCUUGAAUAUGUAGGCGAGGAACUAAUGUCAACACCAGCCAUUCACCAUGCAGUACUUGCAUCUGCUUAUGUUCCAGUAUAUUUCUAUCAGUUCUCUUAUAAAGGACCUAUGGGACAUAUACAACCUUUAGACGUUCCAGGCAUAGGAAAUGUUGGCCAUGGUGAAGAAUUAGCCUACAUAUAUGGUGGACGCGGAAGAGUUAUGGAUGAUCUCAGUAAUUAUCCUGAAUCGGACAUAUUAACAAUGAAACGCAUGCUCACAAUAAUUACAAAUUUUGUUAAAUAUCAAAACCCUACUCCUGCAGCAGAUGAUUUAUUGGAUAAUAUUAUUUGGCCACGAUUUAACGAAAACACGCUGCAAUAUGUUGAUAUAAGCAACACUUUGAAAAUAAAAGAAAGUCCGAAGCAUUACACUAAAGUGAGAGAAGUCCUUGAUAAGUAUAGACAACGACCAUUUAUUGUUUUUUAAGUAUUUAUAUGUUACAUUAAUAAUAUAUUUUGUAUUUUUUACGAUUUUUUUACAUUAUUAUAAAUGUACGUGUGACGAAAUAAAAAUUUAGAUAGAAAUAAUUGUUUUUAA